CUUCAAACAACUCUUCAACGCAUCCCUUACCCCUCUUCUUAACCCCUCUAUCUCCUCCUUGUCUCAUUUACCCCCUCAUUUAUAGCUGAUACCUCCUCAUACUAGCCACAAUGCCCAGCGCAGCACCUGCCGAGUACAAGACGCUGGCCCCUUACGGCUUUGAAGGCGUGGGGGACUGCACCAUCAACCUACAGACGGCGCUUGAGUGUAUCAGAGAUAUCAAGAGCAACCCCUUUGUGGUUACUACUGCGGAUGGCAGUUCCUCACCGUCCGAGUCCGCUUUUUCUCAGCUUAAUUCUGCCUCCACGUCCGUCAACACACUUUCCGCCACCCCCGUUGAAGCCUUCCGCUCAUGUUCGGCGUAUGCAAACGUCCUUACAACCCUUGCCCCGAACGCCUCGGACUCGGACGCGUUCUGUACGGCUCUCAAUGGCGCAGUCCAGGCGAUCCCCAAGAUUGAUCAAGGUGCCGCUGCAGAGGCCGCCAAGUCUGCGCAAGGCGACAUCGCCAAUGCCAGUGGCUCCAUCUCCUCGGCGGCAGUGUUGGCCAAAAGGAUCAAGCUCCUCCUCGCCGCCACCAUGACGGGGAAACCGCCCAAGCCGAACCCUUUGGACGGCGUGAGCCUGCUGAGCGUCGUUGUGGGCUGCUUCAAGCCCAUCACGGGCGACCUAGACAUCGCCAAUCCCGGGUCCCAAGCCAAGUUGCUCUACCUUAGCGGCCCGCCUUUGGCCGACAUCCCCCUUCUUGCUGCCCGCUUUGCUUACCUAACCUUAUCCUGUAACCCUCCGUCCUGGCUCCCUGCCCCGCCUUCCUGGUAUGGUCGUAGCACCUCUGGGCCUCUCUGGACCCAAGCCAGGCAAGCCGGAAGUCCUGCCCUGAGAAGGGCAAUCAGGACUCCCGCCAUGGCCGAGUCUCGUUUUGAAUCGGAGCAGUACACGUCCGAGGCAUUCGUCGAGAGUGUGGGCGCAGUUCUAUUCCGUCUCUCUUCCCGGGAGGUCUGCGUGCUUCAUAUUCUGGAGCGUGACGAAUAUGUGCUGGCCAAGGGACGGCGCAACUGCGGAGAGGCUCGCCAGGUAACAGCCCUGCGCGAGGUCACCGAAGAGACCGGCUUCGCCUGUCGCCUCCUUCCUUUGAAUAUGCACACUCGUGCCCCGCCAGCGGUGGAAACCGAGCAGUUGGACGACCAGGCGCGCUUUUACACCAGUAUUUGCGAGCCUUUUACCCUACAAGUCCGCCGCCUCGGUGAGAGUCAAAUCAAGCUCAUUUGGUGGUUUGUCGCUGCCGUGGACGAGGAGACGCCAGCAGGGGAAGCGCCCGAGGGGGACAGAUACGCGGUGGAAUUUCACAACUACACGGAAGUUCUGGACAAGUUGACGUUCCAGAUGGAUCGCGAGAUGGUCAAGAAAGCCAUCGAACUCGUGGAGAACACAUACACGGAGUCAACCUGA